AUGGGCGGCCUCUGCGCCCGCCCGACCGCUGGGAGGACCGACCCGGCGGGGACCUGCUGGGGGCAGGACCCGGGGAGCAAGAUGGCCACGGUCAUCCCCGGCCCCCUGAGCCUAGGCGAGGACUUCUACCGCGAGGCCAUCGAGCACUGCCGCAGCUACAACGCGCGCCUGUGCGCUGAGCGCAGCCUGCGCCUACCUUUCCUCGACUCGCAGACCGGCGUGGCCCAGAACAACUGCUACAUCUGGAUGGAGAAAACCCACCGGGGGCCGGGUCUGGCCCCGGGACAGAUCUACACGUACCCUGCUCGCUGCUGGAGAAAGAAACGGAGACUUAACAUCCUAGAGGACCCCAGACUCAGGCCCUGCGAGUACAAGAUUGACUGUGAGGCACCCCUGAAGAAGGAGGGUGGUCUCCCUGAAGGGCCUGUCCUUGAGGCUCUGCUCUGUGCUGAGACAGGAGAGAAGAAGGUUGAGCUGAAGGAGGAAGAGACCAUUAUGGACUGUCAGAAGCAGCAGCUGCUGGAGUUCCCACAUGAUCUUGAGGUGGAAGACUUGGAGGAUGACAUUCCCAGGAGGAAGAACAGGGCCAAAGGAAAGGCAUAUGGCAUCGGGGGCCUCCGGAAACGCCAGGAUACCGCUUCCCUGGAGGACCGAGACAAGCCGUAUGUCUGUGAUAUCUGUGGGAAACGGUAUAAGAACCGGCCUGGCCUCAGCUACCACUACACCCACACCCACCUGGCUGAGGAGGAGGGGGAGGAGCACUCGGAGCGCCACGCCCUGCCCUUCCACCGGAAAAACAACCACAAACAGUUUUACAAAGAAUUGGCCUGGGUCCCCGAGGCACAAAGGAAACACACAGCCAAGAAGGCACCUGACGGCACUGUCAUCCCCAACGGCUACUGUGACUUCUGCCUGGGUGGCUCCAAGAAGACCGGGUGUCCUGAGGACCUCAUCUCCUGUGCAGACUGUGGGCGAUCAGGACACCCCUCGUGUUUACAGUUCACGGUGAACAUGACGGCGGCCGUGCGGACCUACCGCUGGCAGUGCAUCGAGUGCAAAUCCUGCAGCCUCUGUGGCACCUCGGAGAACGACGGUGCCAGCUGGGCGGGUCUCACCCCCCAGGACCAGCUGCUGUUUUGUGAUGACUGCGAUCGGGGUUACCACAUGUACUGCCUGAGUCCCCCCAUGGCGGAGCCUCCGGAAGGGAGCUGGAGUUGUCACCUCUGUCUUCGGCACCUGAAAGAAAAGGCCUCUGCCUACAUCACACUCACCUAGGCCUGGCUCUGGUUCUCCUGGACUCCAGGGUGGUGCUGCCCACCUGCCUCGGGACACCUCUCCUCUCCCGCCUGCUCCCUGAGUGAGGGCGAGGUGUCGCCCCAGGGGCUGGGCCGCCUCGCCCAGCAAGUGGAGCUCAGCCCUGGGCGCUGGUGGGCCCGGCAGGCCCCUCUCCUUCCCUCCCUCCCUUCCCGUCCCUUGGCAAAUGGGCACCAGGGGCUUCUGCUCCCCUCAAAGCCAUACCCCGCCUCUGGGCGGGCACAGGGGGGUAGUGGAUGCCAGCUGGGGGCAUGGACAGAGCCUUUUUCUAAAGAAAAAGACAAAAAGUUAAAAAAAAAAAAAAAGAAAUUAAUAUAUACAAAGAGUCCUGUGAGGACUGGCUGGGUGGAGGGGGCACUGCCAAGCAUCCACUGGGCACCCGGUUACGCCAGCUUCCUGCCUGGCGCCCCCCACCCCAUUUCUGGAGUUGCAGCUGUCCCACCUCCCCACUUGAGGUGGGCACCAUUCCCUCCAGUGCCCAGGGCCGCUGGGCAUGGUGUCCACCCGCCCCCUCCGGUGCCCACCGUGGAUACUGCAUGGUUUUGAACUCUGCUCCUGCCCCUCCCUGACAGCCCCGCCCUGCACCCACCCAGUGCCUGCCGUGUGGCUGCCAUGGUGGCGGGGGGCUGUGGGGCCAGGUGGGUGCCCAGCCGGCGCCCGCCGGAAUGAGAAGCACAGACUCUGCAACAGACUCUCCCUCCUCCCCGCCCCUCCUGCCCUCCCGGCCAGGCCGGGCUGCCCUCUGCCACCCUCACGGGCCGUUUUGGAGGUCGCGAGGGGGCAUGGUUGUUUCUUGUGGUUGUGUGUGUUUGUUGUUCGGGUUUUAAAAAAAAAGGGAAAUUGAGACUGCAAGUGGGGGAGGGGGUGGGGUUGGGGGCUCCCCCAAUCCAGGAGUGCUCCCCCCUUGUGACUGAGUCUCCUUCAUUGCCUGCCUCUGCUGUGAAUUAACUUGUUCUGUGUAUUAAACUGGGCCUGACCCCUC